AUGCCUGUUAUUUUACUCAGCGCAUUUCAAUUUCGUAAGUCAAUCCUGUUUGGAGCAUGUUACAAAUCUAAAUUACAAAUUGAUACGGACGUUUUUACUGAUCAUUUGUCCGAUGUAUUACAGAAGGUGCGCCUUGAUUCCAAAUUACGGCAUGACUCGAUCGCAUUAGUGGGGGAUUUUAAUGCUCACUAUUGGGAUAAGUACCGCAGUGCGCUUUCUGCUAUUGACUGGCUUAAAGUUUUAGACAAUUAUGCCACAAUCUCUGAUAAAGUUGAAGCAUUUCAAAACCCAUUUCUUCAGUUAUCGAAUAAGCAUGUUAUCAAUAAACUGGUUAAAAUAUCAUCUCGGGACCAGCCUUGGUUCAUGGAAUGGUUUAAGAGCUAUUUGGCCAACAGGCAGAUCAUUACUAAUGUUGAUGGAGCUUCCUCCGAUUUGUUAUUUGUUACAUGUGGUAUACCCCAGGGCAGUGUCUUGGGACCAUUGGUCUUCCUCAUCUUCAUUGAUGAUUUGCCUGUUGGUUGCACACUGAUUCAGUAUCAAGCAGCAUUAGCUGUCACAGGAGCUAUGCGAGGAACUCGUUCAGAGCUUGUCUUACGUGACUUAUGUUGGCUUUCGAUUAGAGAAUUAUAUCGUGUUAGAUGUUUAUGUCUGUUUCAAAAAGUUAUGUAUGGCUUGACCCCCGAUUACUUGCGUGAAUUUAUUCCUCAGUGCAAGUCACGUUACGUUACACGUAAUCAGAAUAAAAUUCCUGCUAUUCGAAAAGGUAUACAUGCUCUAAAUACGUCAUUUAUCAGGAGCGCGUCGCGAUUUUGGAGUGAAUUAACGCCUGACUUGUGUUCUAUCCCGAACCCGAAAAAAUUUAAAACUAAAUUGGUGUUCCAACUAUUGUCUAAUCAUGGUUAUUUUAAACUUAAGCUACCUAUAAUACCUAAUGAGCGCAUUUUUGACAUUGACAUUGCGAGAUGUCGGCUGAGGUUUAGUCAGCUGAAUGCUGACCUGUAUGCACGCUCACUUGUACAGUCUCCUAACUGUGCUUAUGGAUUCAGUGAAACUGUAGCCCAUUUUUUCUUACAUUGUUCGCUACACAAUAAGGCUCGCACAGAUUUAACGGCUGAAUUAUUGAAAGCUGGUGGUAUGGAAAUAGCUCUGUGGCUACAUCAAAUCAUAGUUGAUGUUUGGAUAAACGAGGAAAUGACAUUAUGGUUUGUCGUAGCAACUCGUUCGAAUGCUAAGCUUCUCUAUACUAACACGAAAGCACAAGUGCGAAUCGACGGUGAUUUUUCGGAAACAUUCGAUAUUGAAACCGGUGUCCAACAAGGUGGAAUUCCAUCUCCCGUCCUGUUCAAUCUCUUGUUUGACUUUAUCAUGCUUAAGGUAUUGGCUGAAGUAGGUAUAUCUGGGGUGAAACUGGUAUAUGGAAAUGGUGAUUUUUAUCAUUCUACGCGCGAGGCACAUGAAGAUAUUGAAAUACUCGAUUUGAUAUACACGGAUGACGUGGUGGCGAUGUGCACAACAGCGGCUGAUCUCGAAAAGUUUAUUCGAACAUUCGAGAAAGUCACUCAAGAAUGUGGAUUGACAAUGAGUGUCAAAAAGACGUGCAUAAUGUCUUUGAAGCAGCUUAAAGAAGACGCGUCCAGAAAAGUAAUCAAAGAUCAGGAAGUGGACAAUGUAAAAAUUGAUAUUACGAUCAGGAAUCAAACUCGAAAAUGCGUACGUAUAUUUCGUGCUUGUAUUCUACCUGUUCUGUUAUAUGGGAGUGAAGUGUGGUCUCUGACCCUGGCUCAAGAAAGACGGCUAAAUACAUUCUAUAUGGCUUGUCUAAGAACAUUAGUUGGUAUAACAUUAGGCGAUCGAAUGUCCAAUGAAAAACUUUUGGAGCUGAGUGGUCAACAAAAUUUGGAAAACAUAAUGAGAAAUCGGUUAAGGUGGUUUGGCCACGUAAACAGGAUGGAAGAUGUGAAUAAAAAGCCGAAAUUACUAAAGAAAGUUAUGUUUUUGUAUUUUCCUGAUGCUCGAAGACUUCAAAAUACAGGCGUAGGGAAACGAUGGGAAGAUAAAAUCGCAGAUGAUAUUGCCAAAUUCGGAAUCAAGAAUUGA